AUGGAACAAGAUAUCAAUACGCGUUUAGAUUUAAGUGCAGAUUCUUCUGCCAGUGAAAGCGAUUCUCCAAGUGAAGUCAAAAAUAAAGGUCGUAGAAAAUCUGAUGAAUUUAUAGAAGUUGAUGAAAAAGAUCUAGAACAAAUAGAUCAUCUUUGGGUUGAAAAAAAAGUUGAAUUACCUGAAGAUUUGUUGAAUGUUGGUCCUAUGCCUAUAUCAGUAACUGAUACAAAAUUCGGAGAGCGAGAUUAUGGUGGCGCCUUGUUAGCGGGUGAAGGUUCAGCUAUGGCUGCUUAUGUCCAGGAGGGAAAACGUAUUCCACGUCGUGGUGAAAUAGGUCUUACAAGUGAUGAAAUUCAAUCAUUUGAAGAUGUUGGUUACGUAAUGAGCG